AUGACUGGACGUCAAUUUACGAAUGAGCUACUUGAAGGUAGUGAUCGACAAUGUAUUGACUUGUUGCGCAUGUCCCGUGAAGCUUUCAUUCGAUUAUGUGAUCACUUUAAAACAAAAGGUUGGUUAACGGAUAGCAAACAUAUAUUGGUUGAAGAAAAAAUGACUAUCUUCUUGAUGAUUAUAGGUCACAAUCAACGUUAUAGAGUGUUGAAAAACAGGUUCCAACACUCAACACAAACAAUUCAUAAAAUUUUUCAUGAAGUGUUGGAUAAAAUGAUGGAGUUUGCAAAAGAGAUCAUAGUUCCUACAUCAUUUAAUCCUAAUCCAGACAUCCCUGGGAAUAAUAGAAGGUUACGACGAAUUUUUAAGGGAGCAAUUGGCGCCUUGGAUGGAACUUUAAUACAUGCUAUCGUCCUUAUUCAAGAGCAACAUUUAUAUAUAGGACGAGGAAAGGGUGAAUGUUAUCAAAAUGUUCUGGCAAUUUGUGAUUUCAACAUGGUUUUUACAUUUGUUGUUGCCGGAUGGGAAGGAAUUGCACAUGAUUCUAGAAUUUUGUCUGAAGCUUUAACAGAUGGUGAUAUUGGAUUUCCAUUUCCUCCUUCAGAUAAAUAUUACCUACGUGAUGCUGCGUAUACAAAUACUCGAGGAUUUAUGGCACCGUAUCGUAAUGUUAGAUAUUGGCUCGGAGAUUUUCGUCGUCGACGAGCAAUGAACAAGUAUGAAAAGUUUAAUCAUUCUCAUGCAAAACUUAGAAAUGUUAUUGAACGYUCUUAUGGCGUCCUGAAAGCACGUUUUCCAAUAUUGAAAAGAAUGGCACCAUUUACACUUGAGGUUCAAAGAGACGUUGUUAUUGCAUGUUUUGCGGUUCACAACUUCAUACGGAAAGAAGGUUUAAGUGAUGAGCUAUUUUCUGAGUAUGAUCAAACCAACGAACAAGGGAACGAUGACGAGGAUGAGGCUGAAGAGAUUCAAUCGCAUGGGAAUUUUCUUCCAUCACGAGAGAAUCUUUUGGUCAUUCAUUCUUAUUCUAAUCAUCUAUUUAUUUCAGUCUUACAUGCCUGA